AUGAUGGGGCUCCAUUUUACAGCCCCGCGAGCAUUCGCAGGGCAGACAUAUGCAACGAACGACGCCAUAGCUGCAGCAUCAGCAGGUGAAGAUAGAGAAGUGGCGAUUCUCCUUCAAGGACCUCACGACAGGACAGCGCGAAGAGAGGAACUGUUGCACGGCAAGACUACAGAAGAGAGCGCUUUCUCACUUUUCUAUAACAGCAAGAGUAAUAAAGUAUCUCUGGAAAGUCUGCACGGAGGUCACCUCAAGUCAGUGUCGUGGGGCCUAGGAUCACAUCCAAGGGAGACCCUACUUCUAAUUGUGACUCACGAGAAGGUCAAACUAUACGUAGGAUGUCAACCCUUACACUGGCACCCAAUGUCGGGCAGACACGAUAUAUUGAGUUUGCUGGCGAAUAAAAAGUUCAAAUUGUACCACGAAGAAAAUGCUCCCGUCGACAUACACGGCAGUGAGAAAGCGGCCCUUUCCUCUCUUAAUUGUGACCAACUCAGUCCUCCUACUCUUGUAACAGUAGACUCAGAUGUAGAGGAAGUCAAAGACUUUAUUGCCAGAGAAGAGAGACUUAAAAGGGAAGAAAUGCAAGGAGAUGAUUAUAGAACGAAUUAUAUAGAUCCAAAUAUUUUGCCGGCGGCUCAGCCCACAGUUCCACCUAGAGGAGACAUACCUAAUAUGGAUAUUGAGUCGUGUGAUGAUGAAGUGGUCCGUCACCUCAAGUUAUUAAGGGAGACGAUUGAGUUACUGCGACGAGAACUAGGAGACCAGAAGGCGACCAUAGACAAUCUCCGAAACCAAAUGAGGAUUUGCUGCAGUCGGCCCUCAAUUCCUAUCGAGAGAUGUUCCGGCUCUUCAUGUUACCCUGGUGUUCAAUGUCGGAAUACUGCAAGCGGAAUCGAAUGUGGUUCUUGUCCUUCAGGCAUGGAAGGAGAUGGCAGGAGAUGUAGGCCGCUGACCUGUGAUAGACGACCAUGCUCACAAACGGAGUUUUGCGUCGAUUCGGAACAAGGUUUCCGUUGUGAGCGGUGUCCAGGAAGACAAACAAGUGACGGACAGACUUGCCGGACGCCUUGUAGUUCCAACCCAUGCUUCGGAGGGCGUGUCCAGUGCCAAGAUAUGCCUGAUGGAGGAUACCGAUGUGGCUCCUGUCCUGCAGGAUUCACAGGAAAUGGGGAACAGUGUGUCAGAAUCACUUGUAGACAGAUAUCGUGUUUCCAAGGUGUGGAAUGCCAAGAGACAGCUUCUGGUCCCAGGUGUGGUUCCUGUCCUGGUGGUUAUAUGGGUGAUGGUCAAAGGUGCCAACACCUCUGUGACACAAGGAACCCUUGUGGGGAACGACGAUGCAUACCAACGCCUUCUACGCCAUUUUAUGAAUGUGAAGGGUGCCCGAAGGGGUAUGAAUGGAAUGGGGACAGGUGCCAACAUAUAUGUGAGACUAGGCGACCUUGUGGUGAAAGGCGCUGUAUUCCCACAUCUUCUAGCGCUUUCUAUGAAUGCGAGGGUUGUCCUCAGGGGUAUGAAUGGAAUGGCGACAGUCAAAGAUGCCAAAGCAUUUGCGACUUCAGGCGUCCGUGCGGAGAAAGGAGAUGUACUCCUAAGACCUCGAAUCCUUUCUACGAGUGUGAGGGAUGUCCGCUGGGAUAUGAGUGGAAUGGUUACGCUUGCAUAGACAUGGAUGAGUGUGAUCUCAUUCGACCAUGCGACGAGAUGGUGUCAUGCAGCAAUGUUGACGGCGGCUUCAUUUGUGGACCCUGUCCUCCAGGGUUCGAAGGUAGUUCUGGAUGGAGAGGAUCAGGAGAUGAUAGGAGGAGGGAGCAUUGCGUGGAUAUUGAUGAGUGCGCUGAUGGAAGGGAGCCGUGUCCUAAAGGACGGCUUUGUGUUAAUACUUUGGGUUCGUUUACGUGUGUGCCAUGCGGGGGUCACUUCUACGUAAACACCUCGCGACCAUGCAUCGACGUUGGAGAUUUGGUACAACGCUGUGACCCGGCUAGGUGUCGUCGGUUCAACGCAGUCUGUGGAUAUGGGCAGACCUGUGUUUGUGCGACUGGCUGGGCCGGUAACGGAACAGUAUGCGGCCCCGAUCGUGAUAUAGACGGAUAUCCGGAUCACCAGUUGCCCUGCAAUGAAAUACACUGCAAGGCUGACAAUUGCCCGGAUGUUUCCAACUCCGGGCAAGAAGAUGCAGAUAAAGAUGGGAUUGGAGACUCAUGUGACCCAGAUGCUGAUGGUGAUGGAAUACCUAACAUUCCGGAUAACUGUCCUUUAAUACCAAAUCCGGAUCAACAAGACCGCGAUGACGAUCGCAGUGAUAAGAGAGGAGAUGCGUGUGAUAACUGUCCCAGAAGGUUUAACCCGGGACAAGAAGAUGCAGACAGGGAUGGGUUGGGAGAUGUAUGUGACCCAGAUAUGGACAAUGAUGGAAUUUUGAAUGAAAAUGACAACUGCCCCCGAGUGUACAACCCACAGCAAGAAGACAUGGAUGGUGACUAUAUCGGAGAUCUUUGCGACAAUUGUCCAAGAGUGAGGAAUCCUCAACAAGACGAUGCUGAUAAAGACAAUGUCGGAGACGCGUGUGAUAGCGAUGUUGAUAGAGAUCAGGAUGGUAUCCAAGAUGGCCUGGACAAUUGUCCAAACCUGGCCAACAGUGAUCAACAGGAUGUCGACAACGAUGGCAAGGGUGACGCAUGUGACGAUGAUAUUGACGGAGAUGGAAUUCCUAACCUGGAAGACAAUUGUCCUUUAGUGCAUAAUCCGGAUCAACUUGAUAGUAACGGUGAUGGAAUUGGAAACGCCUGCGAUAAUGAUAACGAUGGUGACAAAGUUACAAACGACUUAGACAAUUGCCCAAACAAUUCCAAAAUAUUCCGCACUGAUUUUCGGAACUACAUGACGGUCCGCUUGGAUCCUGAGGGCACGUCACAGCAGGACCCUAACUGGGAGAUAGCUAACGAAGGAGCUGAAAUUAUUCAGACACUCAAUUCGGACCCUGGUUUGGCCGUUGGCUUUGAGAACUUCGGCGGCGUUGAUUUCGAAGGAACAUUGUUCGUUGAUUCGCAGAUUGAUGACGAUUACGUUGGAUUUAUAUUUGGAUAUCAAAACAACAAACGCUUCUACGUUGUAAUGUGGAAGAAGUACACGCAGACCUAUUGGCAGACGACGCCCUUCCGAGCGGUUGCCGAACCGGGAAUACAACUGAAGCUCGUCAAUUCAAAGACGGGACCCGGAAAAACUUUGAGGAAUGCUCUCUGGAAUACGGAAUCUACUUCGGAUCAAGUAACUCUCCUCUGGAAAGACCCGCGCAAUGUCGGUUGGCGUGAGAAGACAGCGUACAGAUGGCGAUUGCUUCACAGACCGAAAAUAGGUCUCAUACGUCUAAAAAUAUACGAAAAUAACCGUCUCGUGGCUGAUUCUGGAAAUGUUUACGACUUUACUUUGAAAGGAGGAAGAUUGGGGGUGUUCUGUUUCUCGCAGGAGAUGAUCAUCUGGUCCAAUCUGGUUUAUAGGUGCAAUGAUAAAAUACCGUCGAAUAUAGUGUCCGAACUACCAACGAGGCUGCUGAAGAAACUGGAAGUAGACCAUGAUUUUAUUUACACGUAA